UGUCCUGAGAGAUACGAAGAAUAAGAAGGAAGCAACUAGAGUGGAAGAGUGUGUGGUGGGGGGCUCAGGGGAAACACCUGCUGAGUUAUAAGAGAUCCUUGAUGCUCUUCUGUGUGAUGUCUGGCAUUGGGAUGCUGUCCUUAACGUAUCUCCAGCCUCUCCGGGCAUGGCUCUGAGCUGAAGAGAGACCAUUUCUUUGUGCAAGAUCAGUUACGGGCAGGGGAGCGAGCCUGGCUCAAGCACACAGCCCCAGAGACCCUUGUGGUCAGGGAAUUCCUAAAUGAACUCGAACUUUUGGGGGCUGGGAUCUGUUUACUCUUGGCACACUGGGAUUUCCUGUUUCUAAGAAAAUGGGCUUAGAUGCUCAGCUGCAUUAACCAAACAACAUGUUGACGCAAAUGAAUCUGAAACUUGCCAGCUCCAAAUUCUCAAGAAGGUCAGCUUUAAGAAGGAAGGAAUUGAAUGACGUUCCAGGUCCUGAAUUACAAGCCAGGUGACUCAGGCCAGGAGGCUCUGUCGGUGGUGAGCGACGACCAGUCCCUCUUCGACUCUGCCUACGGAGCGGCGGCCCAUCUCCCCAAGGCUGACAUGACCGCCUCAGGGAGCCCUGACUAUGGCCAGCCCCACAAAAUCAACCCCCUCCCACCGCAGCAGGAGUGGAUUAAUCAGCCGGUGAGGGUCAAUGUCAAGCGGGAGUAUGACCACAUGAAUGGAUCCAGGGAGUCUCCGGUGGACUGCAGUGUUAGCAAAUGCAGCAAGCUAGUUGGCGGAAGCGAGUCCAACGCCAUGAACUACAACAGCUACAUGGACGAGAAGAACGGCCCCCCUCCUCCCAACAUGACCACCAACGAGAGGAGGGUCAUCGUCCCUGCAGACCCCACGCUGUGGACUCAGGAGCACGUGCGGCAGUGGCUGGAGUGGGCCAUCAAGGAGUACGGCCUGAUGGAGAUCGACACGUCCUUUUUCCAAAACAUGGAUGGCAAAGAACUGUGCAAAAUGAACAAGGAGGACUUCCUCCGAGCCACCUCCCUCUACAACACCGAAGUGCUGCUGUCACAUCUCAGUUAUCUCAGGGAAAGUUCACUGUUGGCCUAUAACACAACCUCCCACACAGACCAAUCCUCACGACUGAGCGUCAAAGAAGACCCUUCUUAUGACUCAGUCCGGAGAGGAUGGGGCAAUAACGUGAAUUCUGGCCUCAACAAAAGUCCCCCACUGGCAGGAGCACAAGCAAUGAGUAAGAAUACUGAACAAAGGCCCCAACCAGAUCCAUAUCAGAUCCUGGGCCCGACCAGCAGUCGCCUAGCCAACCCUGGAAGCGGGCAGAUCCAGCUGUGGCAGUUCCUCCUGGAGCUUCUCUCGGACAGUGCCAACGCCAGCUGCAUCACCUGGGAGGGGACCAACGGGGAGUUCAAAAUGACGGACCCCGACGAGGUGGCCAGGCGCUGGGGGGAGCGGAAGAGCAAGCCCAACAUGAAUUAUGACAAGCUGAGCCGGGCCCUGCGAUACUACUACGAUAAAAACAUUAUGACCAAAGUGCACGGCAAAAGGUAUGCCUACAAAUUUGACUUCCACGGCAUCGCGCAGGCCCUGCAGCCGCACCCCACCGAGUCGUCCAUGUACAAGUACCCUUCCGACAUCCCCUACAUGCCUUCCUACCACGCCCACCAACAGAAAGUGAACUUUGUCCCCCCCCACCCGACCUCCAUGCCCGUCACUUCCUCCAGCUUGUUUGGAGCGGCGUCACAAUACUGGACCUCCCCCACGGGGGGGAUCUACCCCAACCCCAACGUGCCCCGCCACCCUAACACCCACGUGCCCUCACACUUAGGCAGCUACUACUAGAAGCUUAACCGUCGGUGGCCUUCUACCUGAAGCCCCCAUUCCUCACACUUCCUGGGAUACUUUGGCCUCUGAAGGACAUACGUGGCCUUGAAGAGAAAACAAAACUGGAUGUUCUUUCUCGUUGGAUAGAACCUUUGUUCUUUAAAAACAAUCCUUUAUUUUUGUUUUUGUUUUUUGUUUUUGUUUUUAACGUUGGUAACUUUUGCUUCCUCUACCUUGAACCAAGAGAUGGAUGAUUUUCUGGGCCAGUACACCAGUUUGGAUUCUCAAUCCGCUAUCAUCUUCUGAGCUGAAUCUUUAGAUUACUGGAAUGGUUGUAUCAUGGUUCUAGGGAAGAAACUGUAAACGUUCUCUAUGUUUUCAUGACCAAAGCAGUUUCUUAUCAAUACACGGGUCUCAUCAUGGACCCUGUAGGGUUCAGUAUGAUAAAGAAUCAUGGACUUAUAACCAGUUAAUGCUCUGGUUUGAGACUGAGUGAAAAUAGAGGCAGGAAGCUUAUAAUCUUAUUUUAGGAGGACAUAUAUUCAGUGGAUGGCAACUGGAACAUUGGUUUAUAAGGCCAGUGAAGUUUUCACCCAACUGGAAUUUAAAAGAAAGAACAUGUGUGUGUGUAUUUAAGAAGCCGUGGGCAUUGCAAAAUCCCUCCCAGUGGGCAAUAUGCACUAGGCUGACCAUCCUCUCUAGAAAUAGUCAAGAUAUGAACUAAGAAAUGUUAAUGCAAAUGCAGACAUUCCUGAAAGACAGAGAAUUAAAUAAUUUUUUUUUUUAAAGUAAUGACAGCGGGUCCCAGAACUUUGAAAAGUCUUAGGGAUUUCUGAACACAAACAGAUUCGCAAGCGCUGUGCGUUUGUCAGACCACCAGUCCAGGGUCAACCAAUCAGAAGGCAACUUACUGUAUAAAUUAUGCAGAGUUAUUUUCCUAUAUCUCGCAGUAUUAAAAAUAGAUAAUUAAAAAAAUAAAAAGAAUAAAUAAACGAGUUGACCUCGGUCACAAAGACAAUUUUACUAUCAAAUCAGUCGUUAUUUUUUUAAAUGUAAUUUGUACAUCUUUUGUCAAUCUGUACAUUUGGGCUGUUUGUACGUUUUUAUAGCUGGUUUUUAAAAAGCAUAAUGUGACUAUUGCUAAAAAGAAAACAGGACGUUUGAGUCACUGACUUUACUAGAAAGAGAAGCACCACGCAGUAUUUAAUGGGCGUACACAGGCAGGUAAAGGCAAUCCAUUCAAAUCUUUAAUGCUUUGGAAAUGUUUGUAAAUAACCAUAAUGCAAUAAUCACAACUUUGGAAAGAACAAGCAAACCGUCCCUUGUGGAUACGAGGGAUUUUCCUGCCCUAUAUAUGCAAUAUAUUUUUUAGAUAUUAAAAUAUAUAUAAUUUUGCAAGUAAUCAUUGACUUUUUUUAAAACUAUAUUAAGUGUUAAGCUGACAACUGUCAAUGAAGACUAUGUUGUAAAAUAAUUUGACUAAAUAAAUUGUGCCUUCUUCUCUCGGAA